GCUAGAGAGAGAGAGAGAGAGACAAGAGAUAGAGAGAGAGAGAGAAAGACUGCAAACUGCAACUGCAAAAAGCAACAGCCACUGUGCAACUUGGCAUCUCAGGUACUGUGUAAAGGAAACCAACGGUUGUGUGUGAGUCAACUAUGUCCUUGAUCACGGAGCCAGUGGGUCAAGCCGCCGAGAUACAGCAGUCAAAUACCAUUCUGCCUGACGUUGAGGUGCUCGUUGUAUCAUCAGAAAGAAGCUCCACCAACUCGGAUGUUGAAUCGCGGUUCAGUGAUGCCGCCCAGGAUUGCGGUGUUGAACCUUGUGACGCGGGAGUGUUUAUUCGAUUACUGCAAAAAAGCCUCAGAGACGAAGCAGACGAUGUACCUCAGCCGCUCGUCGGCUCAAGGCUGUGCGGAACCCAGCGCGAUUUUGAAGUUAAGCUGCGAAUGGAGAGCUCUGGCCUGGCUGCCGAUCCACCCAUUACCGUCCAUCAGAUGUUCGUGGAAACCGUAACGAAGUACGGCGAUUACAUGGCACUCGCGUCGAAGCAGGGAGAUCAGUGGAAAAAGCUGACGUUUAAGCAGUACUAUGACGAGUGUAGAAACGCUGCCAAAAGCUUUGUGAAGCUCGGACUGGAGCGUUUCCAUGGGGUCGGGAUCUUGGGAUUCAACUCCCCAGAGUGGUUCAUUGCGGAUAUCGGAGCGAUCCUCGCAGGAGGAUUGGCUGUCGGCAUCUACACCACCAACUCACCUGAAGCCUGUCACUAUGUGGCAGAGAACAGCGAAGCCAACAUCUUGGUGGUGGAAAACAACAAACAGCUACAGAAAAUCCUGCAGAUUCAAGACCAACUUCCGCACCUAAAGGCAAUUGUGCAAUACAAGGAUGAAGUGAAGGAGAAGAGGCCAAAUGUAUACACUUGGGCAGAUUUCAUGCAGGUGGGGAAAAGCGUGUCGGAUUCCGAGCUGGACGAGAUCAUUGCCUCUCAGAAACCCAACCAAUGCUGCACUCUCGUCUACACGUCAGGAACCACCGGAAAGCCGAAGGGAGUCAUGCUGAGCCACGACAACUUAACGUGGACAGCAGGUGUCGCAGGAAACACUGUUAAUCUCCGAGCAGCGACUGAUAGCCAGGAGUCGGUCAUCAGCUACUUGCCGCUCAGUCACAUCGCGGCACAGAUGAUCGACAUCUGGCUCUCCAUAAAAUGUGGAGGAGCAACUUAUUUUGCACAACCGGAUGCACUGAAGGGUUCCCUGGUGAAUACGAUGAGAGAGGUGCGUCCCACAGCGUUCAUGGGAGUGCCUCGCGUGUGGGAGAAGAUGCAGGAGAAGAUGAAGACCGUGGGUGCCAAAUCGUCAACCGUGAGGAGGAAGGUGGCUUCCUGGGCCAAGGACGUCGGUUUGCAGACCAAUCUGAACCGGAUGAACGGGAAUAUGUCUCAGCCGUUGAACUUCCGAGUAGCCAAAAAAUUGGUGUUUAAGAGGGUUCGCAAGGCUCUGGGAUUGAGCCGGUGCACAAAAUGUUACACUGGAGCUGCUCCCAUCACCAAGGACACCAUAGAGUUCUUCCUCAGCCUCAAUAUUCCCGUCUACGAGCUGUAUGGAAUGAGUGAGAGCUCGGGACCACACACUAUUUCAGUGCCUGAAUCCUGCAGACUUUCCAGUUGUGGGAAAGUGAUGCCAGGUUGCAAGACUCUCAUUUACAAGCCUGAUAGCGACAGCUGUGGGGAGAUCUGCUUCUGGGGACGACACGUUUUCAUGGGAUAUCUGAACAUGGAGGACAAGACGGAGGAGUCCAUUGAUGAGGAGGGUUGGUUGCACUCGGGAGAUCUUGGGAAACACGAUGAGGAUGGAUUCCUGUACAUCACAGGAAGAAUCAAAGAGUUGAUCAUCACUGCCGGAGGGGAAAAUAUACCACCUGUUCCUAUUGAGGAUGCAAUAAAGGAACAAAUCUCAGUCAUCAGUAAUGCCAUGGUGAUAGGAGACAAACGAAAAUUUCUGUCCGUUCUGCUGACCCUAAAGUGCAAUGUGAACAGUGACACAGGUGACCCCUUGGAUGACCUGACCCCUGAAGUCACCCAGUUCUGUAAGAGAAUAGGCAGCAAAGCCACCAAAGUGUCGGAGAUUCUCGCCAGCAAAGACCGCGACGUCUUCAACGCCAUCCAGGAAGGCAUCAAUCGCGUGAACGAAAAGGCAACUUCGAACGCGCAGCGGAUUCAGAAGUGGAUCAUCUUAGAGAAGGAUUUUUCCAUCCCAGGAGGGGAGCUCGGACCAACAAUGAAACUGAAGCGUCCAGUCAUAAUGAAGAUGUACCCUGAUCAAAUCGAUGACUUUUACAAGGAUGCGAUUACACCGACUACACCAGACAACCCUCUGGCCACCAAAUAAGCUGCUACAACCACCAGAGAGAGCCCUGUAGAGAUGUGCAAAACUUACCAAACCACCUGGAUUUGUAAACACCCCCAUUUCCGAAUCCUUAUUUAAUUUUUACUUUGUAAAAUGUGAAUUGUGAUUGAUUGAUUGUAAUAUUUUGUGGAAGUGUACAGCGUUUCAGCUCGGACCAUUUUCUGUUGAUGAAGGAGUUCUAAACUUGAAUGAAAACAAAAGCAUAUUGUCUUAGUACUUGGGUAAAAAAGGCUGGGAUUCUCCCAUUCGACCCUUAGCUUAGGAAUUCACACCUGCCAGGGAGAGAACCGAUGCAGAAAAGGAUAAGAACCUAAGAAAUAGAAGCAUGAGAAGGCCAUUUGGCCCCUUGACCCUGUAAUAGGAUCAUGGAUGAUCUUCUAGCCUAAUUCCAUUUACCUGCCCUAUCCCCAUAUCCCUUAAU